AUGACUGCAAUCGAUUAUUUUCAAUUUCAAUCUUCAAAAACUCUUUCACGCUCAUCGAAUGUAACAUUACCCAUUUUUUUAUCUACCAUCAACGAUGUUUAUAAAUCACAAACACAAAAAGCGAGAUAUGAAGAAGAUGUUUCAUCUAUCUAUUAUUUGCCAAAACGUGUGAAAUAUUAUGAAUUGGCUCAAAACUGCACAAAACAAAACACACUAGUGUCAUUAGAUCCGCCGAAAACAACAACAGUUGUUACGUCUUCAUUUUUAUCUAAACGAAAUGAAAUAUCCAGUGAAAAAUUUAUGUUUGAAAACAAAAAUGAUUUGCACAGCUCACGUCUAUUCGAUACCUUAUCGAAGCAUGUACAAAUCAAACCAAUUCUUGUUCCAAAUGUAGUCCAUCAUAAUAAUUUAACAUCCUGGCAAAAAUAUUGGGUUGCUGCACAUUCUUCUCAGACAGGAAAAAUCUCGACCCAGAUCGAAAAUACUGUUGAGCCAAUCGUUCAAUUUGUGACACUUCGUGAUAUAUCGAACAAUCAGAGUAGAAAGAGCAGCUCAAAUUCAAAUGAUUUGUCUCACGAAAAGACAGAAAAUAACUUAACAAAUUCCACCAAGUGUUCAAGUAUAAAUAGUUCAUCAUCAAAUCAAAUACCGGCAGAUAGUAUUCGUUCAUCUAACUCACAACAUUUGACACCUCAACUACUAGAUUCAACUGAAACUAUGUCUAAAUCAACAGCUAAGACAUCAGAAUCCUUCAAUGUGCCUAGUGCAACGUCAGAAAUUAUCAAUUUACAACAAUCACAGAUUGAGACAAGAAGUUCAUUGAAUACUCAACACUAUACACUACCUUUGCCAUCAAUUAAACUUGAACCAAUCAAACCAUCAAAGACUCGUGUAAGAUCUAAAGCUUCGAAAAAAAGACAGGUUAUAUCAACUGCUACUUCGACAAUCACAAUAGAUAAUAAACUCUCUCAAACAAUAAUUCCUAAUCAUUCGAAAAAAAUUAUCAAAACUUACCACACACUGGUUGACAACAAAUUUUCUAGACAACAAAGAGAUCAACCAAAGCAAUUGUCAUUCGAAAAUCUUUCCUGGAUCUCUAGUUACCCACUUAAAAAAAGCGUGGUAGAUUCAAAAAGCAACAGGAAUACGAAAAAUGAUCGUUCAUCGACAACAACAAAAUUAAAACAUUCAAUGCCAGUCGUUCAUCUGACACCCAAUACCAAACCAAAAGUGAAACAAACGGCAAAAAAACUAACGAUAAGUCAACAUGGUAAGCAAGAUUGGACAGAGCCAUACAUUGGUAGACGACGCGAUCCGCCUGCUCCAUGUGCUUCACCCUCAGCAUCAGCACGUUCUACUCCCAUAAUGUUUACGGUUGAACAAGGGUCCUGA